CAGGCCCACUCAUUUCUAUUGCUCUGGUGAUGUCACAAGCAUGUGACCCUGCCUCUCCAGUGACAGCUUUUUUGAAGGGAGGGAGAAAAAAAGAGAGAUUUUAAAGCUUCUGCCUUUUUGGGUUUUUGUGAAGGCUUUGCUCACCUCCUGAGCAACCACAGAACCACAGGAGUUCAGAUCAGAGAUUUUGCCACCAGGCAGCACCUAAAUGGUUAAUUGUCACAGGUCAGCCUCGGGCUUGAGGAGCACACCAGCCAUUGAGGACGCCUCAAAGGUCAUCAAAACCAAAGAGAAACAAAAUUUAUCCUUGGAGCAGCUGACAGUGGCAGCAAUGGCAUCAAACAGCCUCUUCAGCUCUAUGACACCGUGCCAGCAAAACUUCUUCUGGGAUGCGAGCGCGACUCGGCGCUUCAGCCCCCCGUCCAGCAGCCUGCAGCCGCUCCCGGCCAAAAUGAACGAGGUCAACAGCAGCAGCGGCUGUGGUGGUGGUGGAGGAGGAGGUGGAGGAGGCAGCGGCGGGAUUAACAGCAUUGGCGGUGGAAAUGCAGGAGGAGGAACCGCGCAACACGACGCGAGACUGCGGCCGCUCGAGAACCGCUCCAUGGCUGAAAUCAUCGCCGAUCAUCCCGCGGAGCUGGUGCGCACCGACAGCCCCAACUUCCUCUGCUCCGUGCUGCCCUCUCACUGGAGGUGCAACAAAACCCUGCCCGUCGCUUUUAAGGUUGUGGCACUGGGAGAUGUUCCUGAUGGUACUGUUGUAACUGUGAUGGCUGGGAAUGAUGAAAAUUACUCGGCAGAGUUGCGAAAUGCUUCAGGUGUGAUGAAGAACCAAGUGGCCCGUUUCAAUGAUCUACGCUUUGUGGGACGCAGUGGAAGAGGAAAGAGCUUCACCCUGACAAUUACAGUGUUCACAAACCCUCCACAAGUGGCCACUUACCACAGAGCCAUUAAGGUCACAGUGGAUGGACCGCGUGAGCCAAGGAGGCACAGGCCAAAGUUGGACGAUUCACCCAAGGCAGGCCUGUUCUCUGAUCGCCUGAGUGAGCUAGAGCGCAUCCGACAGAGCACCAUGAGGGUGGCUGUGCCAGCACAAACACCCCGGACCUCGCUCAACACCCCCAACUCGUUUUCUCCUCAGGGCCAGAGCCAAAUCUCAGACCCACGGCAGUCACAGUCAUCCCCUCCGUGGUUUAAUGAGCAAGCAUACUCAUCGUACCUGAGCCCCAUGGCGUCCCCCUCGGUGCACUCUACCACCCCUUUGUCCUCCAGCCGCGCCACCGGUCUGCCUUCCAUCAGCGAUGUUCCCCGCCGCCUGCCAGGUUCCACAGAUCUGACUCCUUUCCCGGGGCAGUUUGAGCGGCAGUUCCCCGGAUUCUCCUCCCUCACUGAGAGCCGAUUCUCCAGUCCGCGGAUGCACUACCCGGCUACGUUUCCCUACACUACCACCCCUGUCACCACAGGCAUGUCUCUGGGCAGUGCCCAUUACCACACAUACCUGCCCCCACCAUACCCAGGCUCUACUCAGAGUCAGAGUGGACCAUUCCAGAGCAGCAGCACCCCAUAUCUCUACUACGGGGCCUCCUCCGGCUCCUACCAAUUCUCUAUGGUACCUGGGGGGGAUCGCUCUCCCUCCCGCCUGCUGCCCACCUGCACUAGUGCCUCUACAGGUGCCUCAUUGGUUAAUGCCAGUCUUCCUGUGCAGGCUGGUGGAGGAAGCGGUGUGGAUGAGGAUGGUAGCCACAGCAACUCUCCAACUGUGCUCAAUCCUGCAGGGAGGAUGGAUGAAGGAGUGUGGCGGCCAUAUUGAUGGAAUUAGAAAAAAAUAAAAAAAGGAACGUGUGCCUGUCAGACAGGCGAACUUCAAACCAGAGACAUGGUUUUAAAGCACAAACCCUACUAGGACCCUCGUCCUAUCUUGCUGAGACAUUCUCCUUUGCCUUGUUUAUUUUUAAUCUUUAUUAAAUGUCACUUUUGAGGAAUAUUUAUAGAACGAGUUUCUUCAAAGGGAAGUAUUUAAAAUAUGAUCUUUCAUGGCAGUUAUUGUUAUUUGUAUACCUGUAAUACAAAAUCCAUUCCUCUGAAACCAAUAACUUAUAGACAAAUUGACUAUGGUUAGAAAACAGUUUUGACCACAGCUAUAGUUUGCUAGCUCUUAUUUUUUUAAGUUAGUUGGCUUUAACAUGCGUUAGGUCCGACAUGCAGUUUAAAGCACUGAGCAGCAGUCGGUUUCAACUAACUAUUAAAAACCACAUUUUUUUUUUUUUUUUUUUUUAGGAAUGUCUUUCUUUUUUUUAACUUAAUUAAUUUAAAUUAUGCAUAUUUGAUAAACAAAUGUUGAGUUGUAAGUUAUAAAGCCAUAACUUAUGUAAUGUAUUUUCAACUUGAUUCAUAAGGGGAAUAUUUUUGUAAUGCAUUUAUGUUCAAGUUAAUAAUGAAACUGAUAUGUAAUUUAAAGAUACAUUUUCUGUGCCUUAAGCAAUGGUUUUUUGUUUGUUUGUUUGUUGUUGUUUUUUUAAAGAACGAUUUUUCUUCUGUGUAUACUGAGAUACGUUUCCUAUAUAUAGUAGUAUAUAGCAGUAUUUCCUGCAUAUAGUACAUUAUGAAAAGUUCUAUUCUUAUAUAGCAGAUGGUCUUGCCAGUUUGAAUUAUUACUUUAGUGCUAAGUACAUAAAGUCCUGUUUUGACUUCAAACCAAAAAGGCCACAUUCUCUUGGAUAUUGUUUAUUGAUUAUGCCAAUUUGUAUGCACCAUGCUUAGAUAUAGCUGUCAGUGUUAAAACUAGGAUAAGACGAAAACUGUUUCAGUCCAUUUGGACAAAAGUAAGGGCUAUAACAGGAAAACUACCAAAUCCUCUGCACAUUAAGGGGCCUGCUGUGCACCCACCUGAAGACUGGAUCAGUUUACUGGAACCUAAUGAAAGCCACACACACUAUUUCUUACCGCGAAUACUGUUUAUCUCAAUAUGGUAUUGCUCAGUGUAAUGGCAGCUAAAAUCCUCCCAAUGGAACAUCAGUGAUUUUUGAUAUGUCUGGAUUCUGGGUACAAUUUAGGUACAUUUUUAGCAAAUUUUUUUUUUUUGCUGGAGAUUAAGGUUGCACAUUGAUAUUUGUUUUAGUUAUUAAGUAAUUUAAUAACCUCUGUAGCUAUUGAUGCAAGACUAGAAUUAAAUCCCAGACUAGAGUAUCUGAAGCAGUCUACCAACUUGGAUACUAAUUUUGGUUUCAGUUAGAAAAUGUGUAAUAUUGUGUUAUGACAACCAAAUCUACCUGAUUUACUUAUUCUAGGCUGGGGCUUUAUUAUUAUUAUUAUUAUUAUUAUUAUUAUUAUUAUUAUUAUUUAAUAUAAGAGGUUUUUCUUACUCUUCCUGCAAUGGUCUGUGCACUCAUGCCAGCAAAAGUUAGACUCAUCUUUUUUAUUUGCUUUACUAUUCAGUGCCUUAUACUAUACGCUGCACAAAAUCUGAGAAACAGUGUAAUGUGUGCCCUGUGCCCUGUUUGUCAAAUUCAGAUUUAUGCAUUUAUGAGACUUGGAAUGCUAUAAAGCAUGUGUUUAAUGAUCAUAGAGAUAAGCAAAGCACUUAGCGAUUUAUGCAGUUCAAUCUUGUCAUCGCACCAAUCGAUUUGUUGAGCUUAAAUGUACGGAUGUCAGCCGGAAAUGUUCCACAUUUGACUUUUAAGUUUGUAUUUAGAGUUUACGGCUACAUGUUUAAAAAUAUUGAGACAUACAUUUUACACCGUUUGUUGUUCAUGGUGUGUCAUGUUCAGUUCGAUCAAUUAACUAUGUCUUAGUAUGGACCUGAGAAUCUGUGAGAGUGAGCAGAGCUGAAAAUUGUUUACAAGCUGUUUACAAUAUUGUGAGUGUAGAUAAUUAUUGUAUGAGAAAAAUAUACCCCCACUGCGUUUGUGCUUAGUACUCAUUUACUUUUUGUUCUGAAUAUUUUCCUUUUUUUUUUUUUUUAUAUUUAUCCUCCCUGGUUAAGGUACCAGAAGGAUCAGGAAUGUCUGAUGGGUGGAUGUGUUAUGGGCUAAUUUCUCUUUGAAGCUUGCAUGCUUUGCUUCAGUUGCACAAAUGUGUUUUAUUUAUCAUGUUUUUGGCCUUAAAGUUGUGUCUUCCUUCAUUAUUAAACAAUGGUUACAGGGAAUGACUGUCAUGACAA